AUGGCCGCCGCUGUUCAAAGCAUGCCCAGUGUGCCUAAUGGCAAGCUGGAGAAGUACACUCAAGUCGAGGAAUCGAAGUAUGAGUUGGACUGGGCGGAUCUAGUGACUUUGGAUCUCUCCGAGUUCGACCAGCCGGGUGGCAAGCAGCAGCUCGCGAACCAGCUGAAGGACGCAGUGCACAACGUCGGCUUCUUCUAUAUUAUCAACUUUGGCUUGCCUCAAGACGAAAUCGACCGCCAGUUCGCCAUCGGCAAGCAAGUCUUCAAGCUGCCCGUGGAGGAGAAGCUGAAGUACCGCGCCGACCUCGAGAAUGGCAACUACAACGGCUAUCGCCCAAAGGGCAUGCAAGAGCUGUUCCCUGAGAGGAAUGGGACAGCGUUCCGCGAUAAUUUCGAAAUGUAUAAUAUCUUCAAGUACAUUCCGGAGCUGGAACGGACGCAUCCCGAGAUCAUCAACGAGCACCGGGAAGAGAUUGAGCGGUUCCAACGCAAGAUUGCCCAGGACAUUGUGCAGAAACUGCUCGUCCUUAUCGCUCUGGUCCUCGAGCUCCCCGAAGACCAUCUCGCGAACGGACACCAGUAUAACGAUGUUUCUGACUGCCAUCUUCGAUAUAUGAUCUACCGCGCUCGCUCUACGGAAGAGAACGAGCGGUAUCAGAACAUUUAUUCGCAAGGGCAUAGCGAUUUUGGCAGCCUUACCCUGCUAUUCAGACAGCCAAUCGCGGCUCUACAGAUACGCUCAAACGACGGUUCCUGGAAAUGGGUCAAGCCAUACCCCGAGUCCAUCACGGUGAACAUCGCCGACGUAUUGCAAUUUUGGUCCGCUGGAUAUCUGAAGUCAUCGGUCCAUCGCGUCGUCGCCCCUCCACCCGACCAAGCUCACAUCGAUCGGCUGGGUCUGCUUUACUUCUUGCGUCCAGCGCACGAUCUCAAGCUAAAGACUUUGGAUAGCCCUCUGCUUAAGAGGCUUGGCCUGAAAGCAGAGAAUGAUGCAGCGUCGGGUAUUGCGGCUGGUGACUGGGUGAAGGCGAGAGUCAAAGGAAACUUGGACAAAGUGACAGAGGAAGGCAAAAAGGAAAAGGUGGUGUUGAAUGGGAUAUCAGCACUGUACUAUGCCUAG